GUCAGAUUACGGAGCAGAGGACGCAGCAUGGUGGACUGCUGCAAGACAACAGGGAUGGUCCACCAGGGUCAGAAGUCAUCCUACCUGUUCACCUGGACACUGUGACAUCAUCAUGGUUGGAGUGGUGACAUGCAGCUCAGUGAGCUCCAUCAAGGCUCUGUGGGAGACCCGAAUCAAGAGGAGGGAGGAGGAGCAGGAAGAGGAGUAUAAGAGGAAGACAGCCAGGAGCGCCACAGGAAGACUCAGCAUCUGGGCCUGGGAGGACCGUGCAGUUCUGGCUCGCCUGAGGAAGAAGGUUCAGACUGAGGAUGGAAGACUUGUCCUCCGAAUCGAACAUGAAGAGUGGAAGUCUUUUCCAGGAUGUCUGGUCCAGUUCUGUCAGGUCCACGAGUGGCAGAUCCACAGAACUGGCCUACUGAAAAUCCCACAAUUCAUUUCCAGUUUCCAGAGCCUUUUAGUCCUGGAUCUGUCUCGUAAUAGCAUUGCUGAGAUCCCGAGACAGAUUGGGAAGCUGACCCAGCUCAGAGAGCUGCUGCUGAGCUACAACAGAAUCCAAUUAGUUCCUGAAGAGCUGAGUGGAUGUGAGAAUCUGGAGAGGCUGGACCUGGCCAUGAACAGGGACCUGAAAGACCUCCCAGACCAGCUGAGGAACCUGAGGAAGCUCCAGCACCUGGAUCUGUCUAUGAACGCCUUCAGCUCCCUGCUGGACUGUGUGGUUUCGCUGCCAGCACUUGAGUGGCUUGACAUGGGUGGAAACUGCUUGCAGAAUUUACCUGAAGACAUCCAUAGGAUGGAGAAGCUUCACACGCUGUGGCUGCAGAGGAACCAGCUGGAGAGACUUCCAGAGAACAUCAGCAGGAUGAAGAAUCUGGAUACGCUGGUCCUCAGCAGUAACAUGCUGAGAGACAUCCCAUCACUGAUGGAAGACAUGUCCAAUCUCAGGUUUGUGAAUUUUCGAGACAAUCCUCUAACUCUGGAUGUCAGUCUGCCUCCGAGGAAGACUCUGACGGAGGACAAUGAAGACGAAGAAGACAGGGAAAUGUUUGGACGGGAGUUCAUGCAGACGUACAUUAAAGAGGCCAGAAAGAGAGCGUACGCCGUGCUCAACAUGCACUGCAUCAAUCAACUCAAAGAAGACACUUCAGAUCAAUAACCCAACCGGAGGAUCUUGGGGAUCAGCCAGAGGUUAACCCCCCACCCCACCCCCAACAAAACAAUAAAUAAAACAA